AUGCGACUAAACUUCAUCUGCUCGUAUGAAUUUUUGGUGGCACGUAACUCUGUUCUUUGUCCGAACGUUCGUAUAAAUGGAGACUUCGGAGAAGAGUUGGCAUCAUUCGUCGCUUUGAUUUCACUCGAAAAUGACGCCGCCACCUGUCGAGGAAGUGGAGAAUGUGGAGAACGGAAGCCAGAUCCGAACCGACUGACGACGAAACUUUUCGCGGAGUACGAUGCUCUGCACGAGAAGGAGCAUAACGGCACAGAUGAAAAGAGAACGAUGGAGCUCUUGGAGCAAUCGGAAAUUUUUGAAAUUUAUUCUCCAGCCACCAUGGAGCCACCAUGGCAAAGGAACGAUUUGAAGAAUGCUACAAGGAAGUUAAUCCAUUGAGAUAUAUCGGAUAUAUGUUGAUCAAGCUGGAGUCGGAUGUGACGAACCCUCUCAAAGUGAUUAUGGAGGGAGAGGAGCUUCCUUCAAAAGCAACAUUCGAAAAGUGGAAAGACGUGCUCAAUAGCACACUUUCACAAUUCUUGAUGUUGGAAUGCUUCGCUACGGGACUUCUUCAUCCAGAAGACAAUAGUGACAGUAAGAAAAUCAUGGAAAAGUUGACUUACUACGAUACUCUAUUCAAACAAUGGGAGAAUCUUUAUUUGAACGACAUACCAUACUGGCCGAAACUCAAAAAGUACGUUGAGAGAAUUCAAGGAGAAGGAUCGUUUGACAGGGACGAAGACAUGGCCACUGAGCUCUUAAAAGGAUUCGAGACCAUUUUCACAAAUGACAACUUCUAUAUGUUUGUGUUCGCCAGAGACAUUCACUACGAGAUUCACGUUGUAAAACCCGAAAUGGUGUUCAUCUCGAAGAAUAUCGGAAAGUUCGACGUCAUCGUUUCUCGUGCAUUUGAGCACAACACGAAAACAUGUGAUGAAUAUCAGAAGAAAAUGAAGAAUGACAUCCGUGGAGAGAUUCAAAUAUACAAACCUCGCUGGUGCUCGCUGGUAGUUAUGAAGCAGUGGCCUCGAUCGGCAGUGGUCUCAUUCGAAGGCGAAGAACGAGUUCAAGGGAUGCUCGUACUUUUUGGGGUUUUCUUCCGGAAAGGUGGCUGGCAGACAUACGACUAA